AUGGCGAGUGGGGAAGAGCCAGCCCCACGCCGGUCCGCCUCCCGCCCGCGGCCCGGCCUCCCGCCCGCUCGCCGGCUGGCUAGGCGCUCCUUCGCCCCGAGUUCUCCAUCCCCUGGACCCCGGGCUCGCGGGGGCGCGGAGAAGAGGACCGAGGAAAGGUCCGCCUCCGAUCCCAGGGUGCCCGGAUGUCUACUUCCUCCCUCUUUGCCUGCAGCCGCCACACCAACACCCAAAUUCCUGACCGUUGUGGGGAACGUGCCAAUUGACGAGGAUGAAGAGGAGGAUGGUGGCGAGAGCGGAACGCUGGCCCUGGACCACGUGCAGAAGCGUCUGCCGGUGGUGCCGUGUGUACAGUCGGGUUGCGGCCUGUGGGAGGACACGGAGAGGACGCGCCCAGAGGCUCCGCUCCCUGACGCCACCCUCCGAACAGCAUGCUGGGGGUGGGAGACCCGUGGGAAAUCCCACCUGGGUCGUGGCAGAGCAGCACUCAGACGCCGCUGCUUCAGGGGGGACCCGGCUCUGGUCCUGUUCACAGCAGCCGCUCAGGAAGGCGCUCAGCCCCCCCGUGGGGUGUUCACUACACCCUGGACAGCGCCUACGCCUCCUCGCCGGUUGGAGGAAGGAAUCGGGAAAUGGGAUGCUUUCCAGGACGAAGUCUUCACCCCGUUCAAGGGGGGUGCAGCUCCACCACCCCGGCCACCACCGAGCGGCGCGGAGGCCCCGGGCCGUCUGUGAGUCUGCCUCUGAAUCAGCCGCACCACCGCCGGCGG